UGUUCGAGCAGUGUUGCUUGGACCGUGGGCCCGAAUGAGCGAGCACGUUCGUUUUCCGAGCUCAGCGUUAAGUAAUGGCGGAUGUGUUCGUACGGUGCUGCGUCAGAAAAAUGAAAUUUUCAACCCGUUCUGAAUGAGUGUGGUGACUGUACUAGUGCAAAAAUGGAAGAACGAAGCUUAGUGAAGGAAAAUAUUCUCGUACCAGAAUUAUAUUUCUUAAUUUCCAAAUUCUUGGCCAAUGGUCCACUUCGUGAAACAGCCAAGGUUUUGGUGCAGGAGUUGGAACAUUUAGACAUUUUACCACGUCGUCUCGACUGGACCGGCCAGGAACAUCGUCAGUCGCUGGAAGAAUUGGAAAGAAAGUAUCCCCAUGUUGGACCAGAGCAUUUACUGGAGAUAUGCAGUCGCAUCGGGCCACUGCUGGACAAGGUGCUGCCACCGGCAGUGUCCGGUGUCAUGUCGAUACUGGGCGCCGGACGGCAGAGUUUAUUGCGCACGAAGGAAAGUGUAUCCCGGCCACGCCAGCUGAUCGAUUACUACACCCGCCGCCAUGAUCGUCCACUGAGUGAUGUAGUGAAUCGUAACAACACACACAACUUCGUAAAGGUGCUGUACGGGCGGGAAAGUGCGGGUCCACUAACACGUCGUCAGGCCAUCCCGACCUCAUUCUACUCGAAGCAAACGUUACAAAGACGUACCCUUGGUCACCUGUCCGCAGUUUACUGUGUGCUGUUCGAUCGUACAGGAAAGUACAUCAUUACUGCGGCGGAUGACUUCCUCGUCAAGCUAUGGUCUGCCAUCGACGGCCGACUGUUGGCCACGUUCCGUGGCGCAUCGGCCGAAAUCACAGAUAUAGCGAUCAAUCUUGAUAACACGAUGCUGGCGGCCGGUUCGCUGGAUCGCAUACUGCGUGUCUGGGAUCUACAGUUUGGAGGCCCCAUCGCAGUACUGUCCGGCCACACGGGUAUGAUAACGUCCGUUAACUUUUGUCCUUCGCCGAAGGCGGACUUACGCUUUCUGGUCACAACGAGCACGGACGGUUCGGUAGCAUUUUGGGAGUAUACAACACGUAACGGCAAGACGACCUUCUCGUCGAAACCUACUUCCUAUCACGAGAAGCUGCGCCCGGGUCAGGCACAGAUGAUCUGCGCAUCGUUCUCACCCGGUGGCAUCUUUAUGGCGGCUGGUUCUGCGGAUCAUCAUGUGCGUGUGUACCUGAUGUCGGAAGAUGGUCCAAAGCGCAUCCUAGAAACGGAAUCGCACAUGGAUACGGUCGAUUCAAUUCAGUGGGCCCACAGUGGGCUGUGCUUCAUCUCAGGUAGCAAGGACGGUACUGCAUUAGUGUGGCAUUUUGAAUCGCAGCAGUGGAAAUCGAUUCGGUUGAAUAUGGGCGACCGACUACCGAGCUGUCCGCCCGUAAACCCGGAAGAUAAUGUUAAAUUAAAAGUGACGAUGGUGUCAUGGGAUAACACGGACAAUUGGGUCAUCACAGCAGUGAACGAUUUUACGAUCAAGGUGUGGAAUGCGCACACGGGAAAGCUACAUCGAGUGUUACGCGGACACACAAACGAAAUCUAUGUGCUCGAGUCGCAUCAGAAAGAUUCCGGAGUGUUGCUUUCGGCCGGACACGACGGCCAGUUGUUUAUCUGGGACAUCGUGGAGGGCGUCUCGAUGGCGAACUUUGUCAAUCGGAUCGACGAUCAUUGCGAGGGAGGCAUUUACGACGCAAAAUGGUCCCCGGAUGGUAUGAUGAUCGCGGCAACCGAUUCGCACGGUCAUAUCCUUAUGUUCGGUUAUGGGUCCGGACACGAGAAGUUAAAACAAUUGCCCCAGGAGCUGUUCUUUCACACAGACUAUCGACCGUUGAUAAGGGACUCGGCUCUGCAUGUAAUGGACGAACAGACGCAAACGAUGCCCCAUUUGAUGCCUCCUCCAUUUCUGGUAGAUAUUGACGGUAAUCCUUAUCCACCAGCAUUGCAGCGACUGGUGCCAGGAAGGGAAAAUUGUCCCACGGAUCAGCUCAUACCGAAUAUCAGCGUUGGAGGCGAAGGAGCCGAUAUACAACAACCGCCAGGUGCACAGCCGGGUCCACAGGAGGUCGCUGGUGGUGCGUAUUCUAAUAUUGAUCGCAUGAUUGAAGCUCUUGCGAACCGACGGCAGGUGGAAGGUGGAGCUGGUCGAGGUGCACCGGGGGAGGCCCAUCAAGCGCCCGAUUCAAACAAUGAGCGUGCGCGUGAAGAAGACGCGCUCGGUGCUUUUCAACCCGGAAAUGCACGUCCAGCAAACAAUCCCAAUCAGGCUGGCUCAAGGAAUGCACAGCGUGGUUUUGGAUCUGCUGGAAAUUGGCACCGAACUGAGGAAGGCUUUAAGUUCCACCGGCGUCAAUACGUGCGACCGAUGAGCUAUUCCGCUAUGGUGAAUCUGAAGCAACGCGUCCACGCUGCCGGCAUUCAAGAGCACGAAGUGUAUCGACGUGAGAUGCGUCGUCGCCCUAUUAUGAUCAACACUGCCAACAGUGCGUCUUCGUCCGGUGGGCCGUCCUCCCUCGGUGGAAAUCGCCGAGCGGCUCGUGCUGGAGGUGGCGCUAAUCGGUCGCUACGUCGUGCCAACGGUGAGGGUGGUGCGAAUGGAGCAAGGCCUGCGUACCGUACGCGGGCUGUACGUGAAAAUGAGCCAGCACCCGAACCGGAUGAAGAUGAUGCGCCCGAAGAACAGAACGAAUCAUCAUCGUCCGAGUCGAGUAACAGUGACUAUUCUACGGCCAUCGAGGAGAAGCUCGACUUAUCCGGCAGCAGCUCUAGCGAUACGGCUAGUUCCGACUAUUCGGACUGGGUGUCGCACGAACCGGGUCGUAAUUUGGAACCACCAAAGCGUUCAAAACGGAAACAUGUCCAGCGGCGUGCGUACUCGCCCCCGGAUCCUGACCAACCUGGUCCGAGCCAUGCGGCCCCGGGUACCAGCGGCACAGCAGGUGGACGACGCCGUUCGACCAAAGUGCGUAAGAUACCUUUGACGCGCGAUGGAGAAAUUCCUGAACAGUUCCGACCGCCUGAGUGGUUGUCGGAGGUGAUCCCAAGAAAGGCACCAUACUAUCCACAGAUGGGCGAUGAAGUCGUGUAUUUCCGGCAGGGUCACCAGCGCUAUCUAGAAGCAGUGCGAACUAAAUCGGUGUACAACCUAGGCAACCGAUGUGAACCUUGGGCGGCGAUGGACAUUCAGGCGCACGAACUGUGCAAAGUAAUCGGUAUCAAGUAUGAGAUUCGACCGCCACGAUUGUGCUGCCUGAAGUUGGCGAUAAUCACGGAGGAUGGUGAAUUGACUGGCCGUUCGUUUGCCAUCAAGUAUCACGACAUGCCGGACGUGCUAGACUUCUUGGUACUGAAGCAAACAUUCGAUACAUCGGUUGGGCGAAGUUGGGGUCCAGGAGAUCGGUUCCGCUGCAUGAUCGAGGACGUGUGGUGGACGGGUCAGAUCGAAUCUCACAAUCAGUUGUCGCCGGAUUUCCCGGACUCGCUGUUCAUGUGUUUCCGUGUGCGCUGGGACAAUGGUGAGUAUGAGCUGAUGAGCCCGUGGGAUCUCGAGCCAGUGGACGAAACACGCCAACCGGAAGAAGUGGGCGGUGCGGUACCGGUACUGCCGGAAGAGCUGCAGGCGACGCUGUAUCAGCCAAAGCCUGAGGAAUGGCCACGGGGUGAUCGCGAUGCCUCGUGUCGGCGUAUUAUCGCAGGGCUGGAGCAGGUGAUGGGCCUUGCGAUUGCGGAUCUCUUUCUUGCGCCAGUCGAUCUCAAUAUCUAUCCGGAGUAUGCGUUUGUGGUAGAGUAUCCAAUUGAUUUGAACACCAUCAAGUCGCGAUUUGAGAAUCACUUCUAUCGGCGCAUCACCUCAGCACAGUUUGAUGUGCGUUAUCUGGCGACGAACGCCGAAAAAUUCAACGAAUCGCACAGUACGAUCGUGCGUAACGCACGCAUCAUCACUGAUCUUUGUCUGCGUAUACUGAGUGAUCUCAAUGAAAUCGAUGUACCGGCGGUUUAUCAUCAGCUGGUUGAUACAUACCUGUCAUCUGAUUCAGAAACUGAAAGGCAUCGGCCUGGGCCUUCAACAAGUUCUGCAGUCGGUGCUGGUCCAUCCGGAAGUGGUAUUUCCAGCAAUCGACGUACGGGUUCGCGAAGAUCGAGACGGCUAGUCCCAGAAGGAGAUUGGCGAGUUGACUGUCGGGAACUGUUGGAAAUGAUUUGGCAGUGUGAUGAUUCGGAACCAUUCCGGGAACCGGUCGACACGAUAGAGCAUCCAGACUAUCUGCAGAUUAUUGAUACUCCGAUGGAUCUACGCACGAUCAAAGAGGAUUUGUUAGGCGGAAAUUACGACACGCCGUAUGAUUUCUGCAAGGAUAUGCGUCUUAUAUUUCAAAACUCUCGUAACUACAACACAAACAAACGAUCGAGGAUCUACUCGAUGACCCUUCGACUGAGCACUUUGUUCGAGGCACACAUAAAGGCUGUAAUCUACAACUGGAAGUCUGCCCGUAGGCGUAACCGUGGCAGUGGGGCUGGCAACCACGACCUUUCAACAACUGGAGGUAGUAAUGGGUUAGCUUCUUCGUCAAAAAGGCGUCGACGGGAUCAGCGUGAUGGAGCAGGCCCGAGCAGCAGUCGAAGGGGUGGUGCUACGUUAAACAGUAGCUCAGGAAGUGGAAUGAAUACGAGUGGGAGCUCUUCGCGUAACACUGCCAGCCACAACACGGCACAAUCUGACGAGGACGAAGACGAUGACGACGACGAAGAUGAAGAUCGUCGCACGGCGAAAAAUCGUUCCGGCAAGCGUACACGUAAUGGUGGCAUGCUAACGUCGUCUUCAUCUCGACGCGGUCAAUCAUCGGCGGCUGUCAUGGUGGGCGGUUCGAACGGUGUAUCGUCAUCGUCGACAGGAAGAAUAGGUAACAGCAACAAUGUGAUAGACCCGCUAGCAAUGCCGGGUCCCAGUAGUAGCCGCACCAGUCGAACAGCAACCAGUGCCGCACGCAUGCUAACACGUCGUGGCCGCAGGUCUCAGGAUGAGGACGAGGAGGAGGAGGCAGCCAGUAGCGAUGAGUCCGAUGUGAGCACUAGCGACACAACCAGCGAGUCGGACAGCGAUGACGAUGAUGAUGAUGAUAGCACGGGAGUACCAGUUUCGCAUCGCGCUGAUUAUGAUUCGGGUGAAAUGUAUGAUCCUUACAAAGGGCGCAAUCAACGGUCGCAGCAAAAGAAAAAGCAGAAGAAACGGAAGAAGGUGCACAGAAAGGCGGGAAAGCACACAGUGGUCAGUUCGACAACCAAACGGAAACGUCCCGGUGUGUUGGAUGACACAGCGGUGGCAGGUGGUAGCAGCGGACGACGCGUUCCGGCGGCAGUGCGUGCUGUACGACAGGAUCUCUUUGGGGCCACCGCACAAACUGGGGUUGCUGCUGGUGACAUUAGUGGAACACGAUCGCUUCGUAAUGGUGGUGGGACAGUCACCAGCAUGGCUUCAACCAGGGCAAUAGCGGAUGAAGGAGACGUAGAAGCAGGAGGCCCGUCUGAAGGAAACGGUAACAAGCCAAAGACUACGUUGAACAGCAAGCGGCCGCGCAGAAGCACCCGACAUCAAAUGGAUGACUCGAGCAAUGAAGAUGACGACGAGGAUGAUAGUGGUAAUGAUGCGAGAGGAGAGGGAGGGAGCGCAGUGGAGAGCGGUGAAGGUCGAUCUAUUCGUGGACCGGCAUUGAAGCGUAGUCGUAACCGGUAUGAAUCCGAUCACAGCUAUCAUAAGGAACGUCCAAAAACGGCACGAAUAGUUUCCGAUUCGGACAACGAUAACAUUGGCGAACCGUCUCGAUCGACAAGAGGCAGCGUGCGGCGAGCGCAAGCCGAGUGGGGCAAGAGUGAGGACAGUUUGGAGGACCGAAACAAUGAGGACGACGAUGACGACGACGAUGAGGAUGGUGAUGAUGAUAACGUGCGCGAUAGCAGACAUGGCGGUGCUAGCAAACUUCGCUCAGAAAACGAUGAUGAUGAGGAGGAAGGCGAAGAUGAGGAUGUUCGUGUCGGACGUAAUACCCGGCAGACGGCGCCAUCUUCGUCUUCGAAUGUGACGCCUGGCCGGCGCAUGAGGGCUCGCAAGCUCCCAUCUGAUCUCGACCAGAGUCCCGAAGAAACUAGCAACAUUAGCAAGCGUAGCUCGGCAACGCAGCGUGCACAGCGCACAGUGGCGGGAACAAAUCAUUCAAAUGGAAGACAAACUGCUUCGUCCAGCGGUACUCGAAACAAUUGGUACGCCAGUGAGAGUGAUAAUGAUGUGAAUCAUUCGGCGGGAACCACAGUUCCUGCAGUUGCUUCAACCAGUUUCCAUUCCGUGCGCUCGUCUCGCCGUUCGAUAGUGGAAACCUCCACAGCGGUAGUCACUGCUAACGGGUCAGCCAGUGCAUCGUCGAUGGUGCGCAGAACGAUUUCUAGUACCAGUACCGUCGCAUCAGGUCGGCGAUUGCGAGGCAUGGAUGUGAGCGCAUCUAGUGGCACUGCAACUCCACCACCGCACACCGUAGACCAUAAUUACGGUGAACCAGGGCCAUCGUCCGCCGCUUCAUCGAGCGGUACAUCUGGAAUAGCUGGUGGUGGUACGUCGACGAGCGCCCAUGCAUCGAAUGUUGCAACAGUCAGUGGCGUUAGCGUCAUAAGACGAACGCGAACUCGUAGCACCGUACUGUCCCGUCAUCAGCGAAACCCGGACGAGCUUGAUCAGAGCGUUGCAUUGCAGGAAGCUCGCCAAGACGCGAACGAUGAGGUCGGAACAGAUGGAAGUGAUGAGGAUGAUAAUCAACCCUUAAGGAUGGCAACGACCCAGCGGUCAUCACGAUCCAACACGGCACGGCAGCUUCGUUCGCGGACGGGCGGUGAAGGUUGUACACCAUUGAAAAGAAAAUCCACACGUAUCUCGUCAUCACACGAAGAGGAUCUGCAAGAGGGUCCCGACAGCGAUGACAGCGAUGAUUCCGAUGACGAUAAUACACCACUACACAUGAUGGCGGGCUCUUCAUCGAGAACGCGAAGCAGCCGUUCUCAGACGGCGUCUGCUACGGGAACACCGAAAAAGACCGAUAGUUCAUCGUUCGGUAGUCGCAUGGCUGUACAUCGGACAAGACGGAAAGAACGGUAUACAUCUGAUGAAGAGUAUGAGGCUCCCGGUCCAUCGAGUGGAAGAUCCACACGAAAAUUGAAACGUCCGCGCUACAACGAAGAAUCGGAAGAGGAGGAUGAUGUUCAUCGGAAUGACAACAACCAUAGUCGAGCGCAACGGAACACCACGCGCCAGCGUCAACGGGUAGUGAGGCGGGACGACAACGAGGACGAUGAGGACAACGACGACGAAGAGGACGAUAUUGCCCGCGCGCUUGCAAACAUUCGGCAACGGUCCCGUCGGCAGAUAUCAUCCUCGUCCACGGCCCAGCACGACGGUGAUGCAUCGAACACAACAGCGGCCAACAAUGGUAGUACCAAUAGUCAUAGUAAUAGGGUGGUGGAUAACCAUCAUCAUCACAACACAACACAACAGCAACCGUAUCAUCAUGCUCCUCCUCCUUCUCGCCAUCAGUCAGCAACCGGCCAUCAGCAUCGACGCGAUAUCGACGAAGCUGAGCACAGCAGGGUGCGGCACCAGCAACAUCACUCACAUCGCAGCAAUGGUGGUCGUCUGCCGCGUAACACCAAUAGCCAUCUGGAACGCCAUCCGCUAGCCGAGGAGGAUAAUGUAGCGGCCGCAGCUGGACCUUCGUCGAGAUACUCAAGAGGACGAGACGGAAACCACCAUCAUGAUGACAGUAACGAGGAUGAUGAUGGAGUGGACGAUGACGAUCGGUUGGAGAAUGAUAGUGAUGGUACCACAUUGUUAACCAGUGUGAGUAGCCGUGGCCGUAUACGUCGAAUUAAUCCGCGGGUGCGUAAAAUGUUCGGUGAAUAGUACUACGCCCCGGACGAUUCCGCCUGGCAGGCAGGAACUAAUAGCAGCACCAGUGAAGAUGAAUUUGCGGUGCUAAAUUUCACGGGCAAAAUACAGCAACGUUCACAACAGCUUGCGUUCGAUUCGUAUGUGGAGGAAUUGAUGCUGCACGAUGCGACUACCACCACGACAGUGAGCAGCCUCGAUGUCCAGGUAGAUGAUAUGGUGUAUGACGUCGGUGAGGUGAUGAUGUUUUCCGCAAGUCCAUCUGGUGGUACUAUUGAGGAUUUCGAGUUUAUUUUAGGUACUUAACGUGUAUCUGUAUCUCCAAGACGCAUGAUGGUCCUUAUUUAGUAGGAAAAUUUCAUGCAGAAAACCAGUUGUCCUAGUGUUCCCUGUUUUUGGUCAUUUCCGUCGGUGAACUUUAUCGCGGAAAAGCGUGUAAGACUGAUUAUUAGAGCGUGAAACGUGUUGUGAAUCGUAAACCGAUGACAUUCCGUUCUCACUUUGUGGUCGGAUUAUAUUAGUUCGAUCGGUUUCUUGUUUUGUAAAAUCCCCUACCUAUCUCAAUCUGCUGCCAGAAUCGGUCACUUUUUUCUUUGUAUUAAUAGAUAGUCAUGCACCUACUUUCAGCUCCAUAGCCGUGUGAACAAAGCGAAUGAAAACUAAGAAUAAGAUCGGGAAACAAGACCGCGGGGAUAAUUUCGCAUGCUUUUGUACAAUAUGCAUAGUUUCUAGUUAAUUUCCUUACGUAGCAAAGUAAUUACCAUAAAAAGAGGAACCAGGCCCUGCAAACAAGAUGUAAAAGAAGCUGUAAAUGUAAAAUAACGAACCCGAUCGUCGCUCAUCGUAUUCGUGUUCGUAGUAAGGGAGGCGGUGUAGUAAGGGAUAGAAAGCACAGCGUAUUCGAGGACGAAGCGAAUAUACGUAGUUUCUACUAAUUUCCCGAUGUAAACAUAGUACAGUACGAAAUAAUGCCUAUAAUGUGGUACCCUCUCGUUAAAACUUAAGAUUAAAGCAUAUUAAGAGUGUCUCUGUGUCGCGUAUUUGAGGAAACUAAGUAACUAAUAUAGAUUCGAACGGUCAAGUGCUAAAGAGAAGUAAUAAAUCCUGGAUAAAUAUGAAUAUAA